UACGGCAGGCCUAAGAUGGCGGCGGGGGAGAGAGGGUGAAGGUUGCUGGGCUCUAGUCCGCCGAUUUUGGCUCGGCUCGGCUCGACUCGGCUCGGCUCGGCCCGGCCCUGCCCCGGCCCCGCGCGGCCGAUGGGUGGGGAGUGGCGCGCGCCAUGGAUCUACGCACGGCCGUGUACAACGCGGCGCGCGAUGGCAAACUGCAGCUGCUGCAGAAGCUGCUGAGCGGCCGCAGCCGUGAAGAGCUGGACGAGCUGACCGGCGAGCCGGUGGCCGGGGCGGCUGGCGGCCCGGCCGCCGGAGGCACGCCGCUGCUCAUCGCCGCCCGCUACGGCCACCUGGAUGUGGUGGAAUACCUGGUGGACCGCUGCGGCGCCAGCGUGGAGGCGGGCGGCUCGGUGCACUUCGACGGCGAGACCAUCGAGGGCGCGCCGCCGCUGUGGGCCGCCUCGGCUGCCGGGCACCUGGGCGUGGUGCAGAGCCUGCUGCGGCGCGGCGCUUCGGUGAACCGCACCACGCGCACCAACUCCACGCCGCUGCGCGCAGCCUGCUUUGACGGGCACCUGGACGUGGUGCGCUACCUGGUGGGCGAGCACCAGGCCGACCUGGAGGUGGCCAACAGGCACGGGCAUACGUGCCUCAUGAUCUCCUGCUACAAGGGCCACUGCGAGAUCGCGCGCUACCUGCUGGAGCAGGGCGCGCAGGUGAACCGGCGCAGCGCCAAGGGUAACACAGCCCUGCACGACUGUGCCGAGUCCGGAAGCCUGGAAAUCCUGCAGCUGCUGCUAGGCUGUAAGGCGCGCAUGGAGCGGGACGGCUACGGCAUGACCCCGCUGCUGGCCGCCAGCGUCACCGGCCACACCAACAUCGUGGAGUAUCUCAUCCAGGAGCAGCCGACCCCCGAGCUCCAAGUCCAGCCGAAGCUGCAGCAGCAGCAUGAGGAGGAAGCCACCAUGCCCAGCACCAGCCGGGGGGCAGAGGACGCCCAAUCACCAGAGCCUUAUGAGAGCUGCUGCCCCACUAGCCGAGAAGCCGCUGUGGAGGCUUUGGAGUUACUGGGGGCCACAUUCGUGGACAAAAAGAGGGACCUACUGGGCGCCCUCAAGUAUUGGAGGAGGGCUAUGGAGCUACGGCACCAGGGUGGGGAGUAUCUGCCCAAACCCGAGCCUCAGCAGCUAGUCCUGGCCUAUGAUUAUUCCAGGGAAGUGAAUACCGCGGAAGAACUGGAAGCCCUCAUUACCGACCCUGAUGAGAUGAGGAUGCAGGCUUUGUUGAUCCGUGAGCGCAUCCUGGGACCCUCCCAUCCAGACACUUCCUACUACAUUCGCUACAGAGGGGCAGUGUAUGCAGACUCGGGCAACUUUGAAAGGUGCAUCCACUUGUGGAAGUAUGCCCUCGACAUGCAACAGAGCAACCUGGAACCGCUGAGCCCCAUGACAGCUAGCAGCUUCCUCUCUUUUGCAGAGCUCUUCUCUUAUGUGCUGCAGGACCGAACCACCAAGGGUAGCCUGGGUACCCAGAUUGGCUUCGCCGACCUCAUGGGUGUGCUCAGUAAAGGAGUUCGAGAAGUGGAGAGGGCCCUGCAGCACCCCAAAGACCCUGGUGACUCUUCGCAGUUCACCAAAGCCCUAGCUAUCAUUCUCCACCUAAUCUACCUUUUAGAAAAGGUGGAGUGCACCCCAGAACAAGAACACCUCAAACGGCAGACUGUCUACAGGCUUCUCAAGUGCAGUCCGCGGGGCAAGAACGGCUUCACCCCUUUGCAUAUGGCUGUGGACAAGGACACAACUGCUGUGGGCCGCUACCCAGUGGGCAAGUUCCCUUCUCUGCACGUGGUGAAUGUGUUAUUAGAAUGUGGGGCCGAUCCAGACAGCAGGGACUUUGACAACAACACCCCAUUGCACAUAGCUGCCCAGAACAACUGCCCCCUGAUCAUGAGUGCCCUGAUGGAGGCUGGUGCCCACAUGGAUGCAACUAAUGCCUUCAAGAAAACCGCCUACGAGCUGCUGGAUGAAAAGCUGCUCAGCAAGAGUACCAUGCAGCCCUUCAACUACAUUACCCUCCAGUGCCUUGCAGCCCGUGCCCUAGACAAGCACAAGGUCCCGUACAAGGGUUUCAUCCCCGAAGAACUGGAGGCUUUCAUCGAACUGCACUGAAAUGGGAGUGGGGUACCCCUCACCAUCCCUCCUUGCUCAGUCAUCCUCAGCGGAGAGGGAGCUACCAGGGCUUAUACCUUAUAUUUCCCACCUUCCCAGAUGGUGUGGGAUGGCUUCUGGUAAAAUGUGCCUCAGGGGUGGGGUCUAGAGCUUCCAUAUUCCCCAUUGACUUCUCCUUUGAGUGAAAAAUAUGGAGUUGGUACACCAUAAAGGCCUUCAGGGAAGUGCACCAGGAGAGCUGCCUUCCCUCAAUCAAUUCACUUAUUGUUUGAAGGGAGAAAGAUGUGCAAGUUCUUUUGUGAGUUCUAUCUUUUCCAGUCCUCCCGUGUAUAAGGAGGCUUUCAUUGGCCUUACCCUAGGGGCAAAGGGAUGGAAGCCAUUGCCUUCCUAACCUACUGGAAUGGGAGAGAGAAGCAGAAGGUGGUGUCCUCCCCCCCUUUCCCCUUGAAUGCCCGAUGAGCUCGGCUGUCAGAGCUCUUGAGUGGCCACCUCCUGACUGACAGGUCGCAGCAGCACAGUUUUGCAAUUCAAGACACAAGGCAAUUUCUCUCUUCCAGUUUGUCCCCAACUACUCUGUGUUGUCCCAGUUACCAUGGAGUGGGAGUCAGCUGGAGCCCAGUAGAACUGGCCACCACUUAACACAGCUUUCAGUUGGUUUGGUUUUUAUUUUUCUGGUGGCCAGGUCACAAGGGUUGUGCAGAAG